AUGCAUUUCACCAAGUCUCUUUUGCUGCUGGCAGCUCUCACCACCGGUGUGCUUUCUCGCGCCGAGGGUCACCAGCGCCGUCAGGCUACCAAUGGCUCUUGGUCUGAUAUCCCCUCCGAUGGUGUCUACUCUACCGAUGGAUUCGGUAGCAGCACUUCCUCAUCCGGCUCCGGUGACACCUACACCGGCAACAUUGGCAACCCUUAUGGUAGCAACAUCAUCUCUGUAUCUGCCGCCGAUGCCAGCAAGUACAAGUAUGUUGUCCAGUUCACUGGCUCCGACACUGACGACUGGACUGUCGUCAUCUGGAACAAGUACAGCUCAGAUGGUACGAUGGACGGCUGGUACGGCAAGGCCUCCACCACCUUCACUCUGUCCGCUGGUUCCACCGUCUACUACGCCUUCGAUGAGGAUUCUCAGGGUGGCUGGGCCGCAGGCAAGGGUACCACUAUCCCCACCAACAGCCUGGGUAGCUACGCCUCCACCUGGGGCGAGUUUGACUUCGGCUCUACCGUCAACAGCGGCUGGUCUGGCUUUGAUGUCUCUGCCAUCCAGGCCCAGCAGGCUAAUAUGAAGGUCCAGGGAAUGAAGAUCUGCUCUGCUCUUAGUGACGGUACUUGUUCUUCAAUUACCUCCGACGGCACUGCUAGUAACGCCUAUACCGCUGCCGAGGCUGCCAUUGGCGGUAUUGGUGGCAACUAUCCUGCUGGUCCCCAGCGCCUGUCUGCCAUUAUUGACUACAGCGGGUAA